UUGGGGGAUAUGGAGAGCUUACAUAGUUUCACUGUUCAACAUUUCUUUUGCCAUUUCUUAAAGCUUUCUAAUGGCCAUGAAAAGAUUCAAAGAUCCUUGGAGACCUGUUUUUAAAAGAUAGUUUGUUAUAAAACUUACGGUCACAACUACAAUUAUAUCACGUGCAGUUGGCCUCAUGCUUCCCACUCCACCUUGAGCUCUCUGACUACAUGUGGAAAUACCUUCAUGGAAUUUUGAAACGCAUUACUUGCGUAGUUCUUUGGGGCGGCCUCACAGCUAGAGGGGUUAUGAAACAUAACUGCUCACUUCCCAUUACUUAGUUCUUUACCAUGUUGAGCACAAGAUGUGUGCGUGUCUGCUGUCUAAAUACAGAAUGCGUAUAGAUUUUACCGACAAAUCACCAAUGCAAAUGUUUCCUCGAGAAGCAGGAAUUACACUGAGCAGAAGAGUAGAAGGGGCUGCUGGGUAUCAUUUAAAAGGAAUCCUUUAUGGGGUGUGGCAGCAGUACCUAUCCAAAGGUCACUUGUUCAAAAAUCAGCACAGUUACACUGGUUGAUCAGAAUGUAUCUGAAGAGGCUCAGGGAAUAAAUGGGAAGACACCAGCGAAACGCUCAGCUGCAAGUCCAAAGCCACAAGUGCCUCCAAAGCCAUUAUAUCUGCAGAAUUCACCUUCGCCCAAUAUACACCAAACCCCCAGGCAUAAAGCUUUACCUAGUGCAAAACCAAGGAUGGAGGAAGUUAAACCUGCCUCUGCUUCUUGUGUCUCAAAAGAAAAACCCAGUAAGGUAUCAGAUCUCAUCAGCCGCUUUGAAGGAGGCAGCACAUUAUCAAAUUACAGUGAUUUGAAAAAAGAUUCUGCUGUGAACCUAAAUGCUCCUCGAAUCCCAGGACAACAUGGAUUGACACCCAUACUGCCACGCAAACUCCUGUCCCAACACCCACCACAGAAGCAAGGAAAUGAUACAGACCAGACUCAGGGUGAACAGAUUUGUGUGGCUAAUGGCAUAAUGGCAGCACAAAACCAGAUGACAUGUGAAGAGGACAAAGCAGUCUCUCUUGGCCCACAUGCUCCUUUGCAAACUACCAACUCCUCACUUGAUACACACUUAGUGAACGGAGAAAGAGAUGAAACUACCAUGGAUUCUGUGUCUCCCACGAGCAAUGACUGUGAUGGAAGUGCUUCUGACAGUCGAUGCGGUUCUCCAAGUACAGACUCAGUGCUGCCCCUAAAAGAAGGAGGAGAAGAAACAGAAGACAAAAUACAAGAGAGGGAAAGUGGAGAAAGUCCUGUGGAACUGGAUGAGCUGCCCCAGCACCAGGAGACAAAGGAGACUAAUGAACAAAAACUUUACAAAAUAGCCAAUGAACUUUUGCUUACAGAAAGAGCUUAUGUCAACCGACUUGACCUCUUAGAUCAGGUGUUUUAUUGCAAAUUAUUGGAAGAAGCAAACCGAGGCUCAUUUCCCGCAGAGAUGGUGAAUAAAAUCUUUUCUAACAUUUCAUCAAUAAAUGCCUUCCAUAGUAAAUUCCUAUUACCAGAGCUGGAGAAACGCAUGCAAGAAUGGGAAACUACUCCCAGAAUCGGAGACAUCCUUCAGAAAUUGGCACCAUUCCUUAAGAUGUAUGGAGAAUACGUGAAGGGAUUUGAUAAUGCCAUGGAAUUGGUUAAAAACAUGACAGAACGUGUUCCCCAGUUCAAAUCAGUGAUUGAAGAAAUUCAGAAACAGAAGAUCUGUGGGAGCUUAACUCUGCAGCACCACAUGCUGGAACCUGUUCAGCGGAUUCCUCGGUAUGAGAUGCUCCUUAAGGACUACCUACGGAAACUGCCCUCUGACUCCCUCGACUGGAAUGACGCAAAAAAAUCACUUGAAAUUAUAUCUACAGCAGCAAGCCAUUCUAAUAGUGCAAUAAGAAAAAUGGAGAACCUGAAGAAACUCUUAGAGAUUUACGAAAUGUUGGGAGAAGAAGAAGACAUUGUAAAUCCUUCAAAUGAGCUAAUAAAAGAAGGACAGAUCCUUAAACUCGCUGCUCGGAACACAUCAGCACAAGAACGCUAUCUUUUCUUAUUCAACAACAUGUUGCUAUACUGUGUGCCCAGAUUCAGCUUGGUGGGCUCAAAAUUUACAGUUCGGACCAGGGUUGGCAUUGAAGGGAUGAAAAUUGUGGAGACUCAAAAUGAAGAAUACCCACAUACUUUCCAGGUAUCUGGGAAAGAGCGAACACUGGAACUGCAGGCCAGUUCUGAGCAAGACAAAGAAGAAUGGAUCAAGGCCCUUCAAGAGACUAUUGAUGCUUUUCAUCAAAGGCAUGAAACCUUCAGAAAUGCAAUUGCAAAGGAUAAUGACAUUCAUUCUGAGGUUUCUACUGCUGAACUAGGAAAAAGAGCCCCAAGAUGGAUCCGAGAUAAUGAAGUGACAAUGUGUAUGAAAUGCAAAGAAUCUUUCAAUGCAUUGACACGGAGAAGGCAUCAUUGUCGAGCAUGUGGACACGUGGUUUGUUGGAAGUGUUCUGACUACAAAGCUCAACUUGAGUAUGAUGGUGGAAAAUUGAACAAAGUUUGUAAAGACUGUUAUCAAAUAAUAAGUGGAUUCACAGACAGUGAAGAAAAGAAAAGGAAAGGAAUUUUAGAGAUAGAAUCAGCAGAAGUAUCUGGAAACAGCGUGGUGUGCAGCUUUCUUCAGUACAUGGAGAAGUCAAAACCUUGGCAGAAAGCUUGGUGUGUGAUCCCCAAGCAAGAUCCCCUUGUGCUGUACAUGUAUGGUGCUCCCCAGGACGUCAGAGCCCAGGCUACCAUUCCAACUCUUGGGCUACAUUGUGGAUGACAUGCGAGGAGUGCGGACCUGCCACACAGCUUCAAACUGACCAGUCCAAGUCUGUGCACAGCUUUGCUGCAGAUAGUGAGGAAUUGAAACAGAAGUGGCUGAAAUCAUCUUUUUAGCUGUUACAGGUGAGACACCAGAUGGUCCAGAUGAGCACUAGCCACUUGGACGAUCAUCUGAACCUAAGAGAAAAAUCAGAAUGCUGAACUGCAGACCAGCCACGUGUGGGGGUCUCAGCAAAACAUACAGUUCAAGACAUUCCCAGCUCUCCUUCCUCAUCUCUUAGCACUUUAUGUUGAAAAACAGAGGCUCAUAAAUGCAUCUUUGGGGACUAUUUUCCUUUGUUGGUGAACUCUUAGUAAAAUUAAUGUGCAGAGCCAUUCUCCUGAUAAUGUUUUGAAAUAAUGUGAAAAAUGAAGCAUUUUUUUAUGAGCUAUUCCUUGAAUAUGUACUUUUGUCUUAAAGGAAAUGGUGUCAAUUGAUUGUAUCAUUACUAGGAUAGAAUGGUCACUUUCAUUUAAGAAAUCCUCCAGUGUCUUUUUCACAUGUAAGACUUGUAACAGUUUGAAAGAUAUACCUCCAUGUUGCCAAAAUAGAUCCAUGGUGAAAAAUACAGGGACAGUUUAGGGUAUUGUACUAAUUCAUUUAGUUUACAAAUCUCAAGCUGCAUAAAUGACAUAUAUGUUUGUUUAAAAGAAAAGUAAAAGGACAAAUUUUUGGUGUUCAGACUUUGACUUAUUAAGAAAAGAUAAUACUUGUUUUUGUAGAAAUACUGCUAAGAAUACAAUAUCUAAAGUAUAUAGUAAUUAUCUGUACAUAGUAUUAAAAAUGAAUAUAUAUACUAUACAUGCUUUUCAGCUUUAGGUUCACAUUCAUCUCUAAUUUAUUUUUAAAUAUAAAGCAUGUCUUAUCUUGGAAUUGAGCAGUGUUCUGAACUUCAGAAAUGUUUUUAGUGAUUUAUGUUUAACUGAUGGGCACCUAAGGAUAUUGAUAUUUUUAUAAUAAGAAAAGGCAGUAAUUUAUGUGGCAUGGAAUAUAGUGAAUUCCAACAGUAUUUUUAGAGUACUAUUUUUUUGUUCUGUGCCUAUUUAAAACAGUGCCUCUCUUAGAAGGUGCUAUUAAUACCUAUUUAUAAUACGAGGUUUAGUUAAUAUUUCAGUCUUUAUUCUGAAAUUAAAGUGCAUUUUGGUCACUGGUCAAAGUCAUACGGGUUAUUUUACCUUUUACAAUAAUGGAAUUGUUGCAGUAGUUAGCAUCAGCAUGUAUAAAGAUUUUACCAAAACUUGAACUGUAUAAGACACCUGACCUUACACAAAACAUGUGGAAAUUGCAUUUAUUGUAAUGUUUUCCUUUUUUUCAUAAGGCUGUUAUGCAUGGUUAAAUAAGGACUAUAUUUAACAAACAUUUAAGAUAACUGUGUGAGCCUAUUCCUUUAUCAAAUAUGAAAAUUCACUCAUGAUAACCUUUGUUUGGGGGCAGGAAUUGGAAGAUAGUUAAUAAAGGAAGUUUAUGCUUAACCACCUCACCAGAGAAGAGAGUGGGAAAAACAGUUUUGAGAAAAAAAUAUUUUAAUAACAGCCUUUUAGGAGUAAAGAUAAUUAAAGAAAAUAUGAACUAUUUUUACCCUUUUAUCCUCUGUGGAAUUUUAAUGAUAAAUUGUGAUUCCUUGUCAU